AUGAUUUCGAAGGCAGUAUGUGUUGCUGCGCACAAACAGGCUGAAACCCUUUUGGAGCUGAAAGGAACUCCCUUCGCAUAAAGCGUGUGUUGCGCUGUUCAACCUGGUCUCUUUUUUGAUGGCGAACAUCAUUUGAUGACGUAAAAGAGGAAUAAUCAGAAGAGAAUAGGAAAAAAUAUUCUGUUUGGAGAGAGGCAUCGCACUGGCUGCCGGGAAACCCCUUUAUCUGGAUUGUAGCGCAUCAUCUUCACACAAACACGUACUGGAGUCAUAGCAAGACACAUCCACGUAUCCACAACUUUCACACCGUGUACCUGGGACUCAAUGGAGUUGACAAGCUGGAUCCUAUGCAAAAACGAGGACCGUGAAGAAAACGAUUAAUGCAGACCUGUUACCUGUUACGACUCCGAAUACCAUACUCCAGACAUGACAGGACAGAGUCUAGAGGAGCUGAACGGAGCUCAUUUUGAAGACAAUGCAAUACGCAUCAACGUCGGGGGUUUCAAAAAAAGACUUCUGUCAGACAUGCUGUCUCGGUUUCCCGAAACCAGACUGGCUCGUUUACUACGAUGUCAGUCAAAGGAGUCCAUUCUAGAAUUGUGCGAUGAUUACGACGACAAUGAAAAAGAGUUUUACUUCGACAGGAAUCCGGCGCUGUUUCCCUACGUCUUAAAUUUUUAUAACACCGGCAGACUGCACGUCAUGGCCGAACUGUGCAUUUUCUCAUUCAGCCAAGAGAUAGAAUACUGGGGAAUCAACGAAUUCUUCAUUGACUCCUGUUGCAGCAACGCUUAUCACUGCAGGAAAAUGGAGCCCGGCCGAGACGACUGGGACGAUAAAAGCGAGGAGGGGAGUACUGCCUCCUCGUUCGAUGAGCUUUUAGAGUUUUAUAAUGACGCGACAAAGUUCGACAAGCAGCCACUGGGAAGUGUGAGACGACGGAUCUGGCUGAUGCUUGAUAACCCUGGGUAUUCCAUUGCCAGUCGGAUAAUCAGUGUGCUUUCCAUCCUUGUUGUUCUGGGUUCUAUUGCCACCAUGUGCAUGAACAGCAUGGUCGAGUUUACGUUGUAUGACAGCGAGGGGCAGCCGCACGAGGAUCCUCGCUUUGAAACUGUGGAGCACUUCGGAAUUGGGUGGUUCACGUUCGAGCUGAUUGCGAGGUUCUUAGUCGCUCCAGAUCUCAUCCACUUCUUCGAACAUCCUCUGAAUCUCAUUGACCUAGUGUCAAUCUUGCCGUUCUACUUGACACUCAUCAUAAACCUAGUGGCGGAGAGCAGCCCAGCACUGGCCAACCUUGGGCGCGUGGCGCAAGUACUGAGGCUAAUGAGAAUCUUCCGCAUCCUGAAACUAGCGCGCCACUCCACUGGACUCCGUUCCCUCGGAGCAACGCUAAAGAACAGCUAUAAAGAGGUGGGCCUUUUGCUACUUUAUCUGGCUGUGGGUGUGUCGUUCUUCUCCGUGAUGGCCUACACCAUAGAGAAAGAGGAAAACGAAGCACUGACUACCAUCCCCGCGUGCUGGUGGUGGGCCACAGUCAGCAUGACCACUGUUGGCUAUGGGGACGUGGUGCCUGGGUCUAUAGCUGGGAAACUGACUGCAUCGGCGUGCAUCCUUGCUGGCAUUCUGGUGGUUGUGCUUCCUAUCACGCUCAUUUUCAACAAAUUCUCCUUGUUUUACAAAAGACAGAAACAGUUGGAGAUUGCAAUGAGAAGCUGCGAUUUUGACGAAGGCAUUAAAGAGGUUCCAUCUGUUAAUUUACGGAACUAUUACGCACACAAGGUGAAAUCUCUGAUGGCAAGCUUGUCUAAUAUGAGCCGGAGCUCUCCCAGUGAACAGAGUCUAAACGAAUCUAUAAAUUAGAGCACCUGAGCUGUACAAAAUAGGUUAUAGAACGGGGUUAUGGAUUCACAUCAUUUUGACUAAAUGAAUUAGGAAAAUCUGCGACCAAAUAAAAAAAAACAGUGUUCCUUCAUUCAGUAUGCUGUUUGAACCCUGCAUGAAACUUCGUGUGUUGUUGGAUCGGGAGCCACCAACCUUCACAAGUUAGCUUUGGCUAUGGUGUAUCUCUUGUUGCUUCUUCCGUAAGUGUUCGCUUACACAUUUAGUGAGAAAAUGUGUGCCAGUGACCUUCCACUCAUUGUCAAUAUGACGACAAUUACUGCCAGCAAAAUAGCCUAUAUGUGUACUGACAACAGAUGCAAACUAUUCGGUCGUGAAUCCUUGACCUUUUUUGUCUAAAUCAAAACACAAAGGCAAGGGAAAGGUAGGUUAUUACUAUAAAAUAGACAUUAGGCUACUAUAUAGGUCAAACAGAUAAUAUAAAAUUGUUAAUGGAUCAAAUAGUUGAGUGUAGCCUACGUGUGGUUGUUAUGUUGUGGCAUCAGCUAUUACGUGGAUAAUUUCAUGCCAGAAAUAUAUAUUUGGACACACCAACAUUUGUCUAUAAUGUCAAUCUGAUGUUUGAAAUAUAGGCUAAGAUACAAACAGUGUACUCCACAAACUACUACACAUUGUUGAGUGAGCAACACAUAGGCCUAUUAGGUUUAAAAUAAAAAGGUUAGAAAUUAUUUGAAAGUGUAAUAGUUGAAUGUGACUCAUAGCAAAAACAAAUGUGAUGUUAAAAAAAGUUUUGAGCUGCAUGGACAUAAAACACUCACACUUUUCUUUUUAUUUCAGUUAGGCUGAACUAAAAAGUCGACAAAUAUUGAAUUUUAACUGAACUCGUUCAGUUAAAGUUCAAUUGUAAAUUAAUUUAGAACAUCCUACAGGUUUUAUAUAUUGUAUUUUUAUUAUUUUUAUGUAGACUGAUAAAAUAAGAAAUAAAAAAUGGUAUAAGAGAUGUGUUCUUGGCGUACAUUCAUGUGACCACGUCUAGUCUUCAAAAUAAACGUUUUAAUGGGUAA